CAUAAGACAAUUAAAUUAUUGCACAGGGGUUCCUCGAGCCAGUGAAAUGUUUUCUUGGGGUUCCGCUCCAGCAAAAAGGCUGAAAAGCACUGGCUUAACGAGUACUUAUUUUAUCGAUCCUGAAAAGACGAAAGGCAAAAUCGAACUUCGGUAGAAUUUCAGCUCAUAUGAAGCCGGAAGAAAUGCCGCUAAGCAUUUCGUCCGGCGAGCUAAUGAUGAUGAUGAUGAUGAUGUUGAUGAUACUUUGCAUUGCUCCUGGGAGACACAUUUGUGGCGAGCUAUAGAUGCCGGGAUCGAUUAUCGAUUCCUGCUGGUUUAGAAGUGAAAACGUUGAGAAACGAAAAUUUACAUUUACUAAAAUAUAAAAUGUAUCUCAUCCGGUGCCCGACCCUUUCUGGUCCUCUUAAUAAAAAAGGAAAGUCACGACUUUUCACUGACCCCGUAAUAUAAAUGGAAAGAAACACUUCUGAACACAAGGCAGUCGCUUGAUUGCUAGAAAUAACUGCCCUGCCUUCUUGAAAUCAUAUCGUUUUAGAACAACCACAGAAGUGUCAUCACUUAUCAAACAAGCCAUAACUAAUCCAUAACACCAUCAUUACUACUACUACUACCACUACCACUACUACUACUUUUCUCCUCUUUCUCUCCCUCUUUAUUAUUGUCUGAAUGUUAAGGACUCUCUACGUAGUCGCUCGAUUGCUGGAAAUAGCAGUCAAAAAUCUUCUUCAAGCCAUUUCCCACUGUUUUCUGAGACGGAGACGGUGGAUGAUAGGAUCUCGGAGUGCACCGUGACUGGGGAAACUUUAAAAAAAAAAAAAAUUAAUUACGUAGUGGUCAUGGCUGGAAGAAUGCCUUUGAUUACAUUUCGUCUGCUCGAUCGGACCGAGUCUUCAAACAACACAACAACAGCCAUCGCGUUAUCGAGUCAGACAUAACUAAUCCAUAACCACCACCGCCUCCGUCGCCGUCGCCACCGUCCCCACCACUGCUACUACUGCUGCCACUCCUACUCCCACCGAUUCUCCACCUCUUCCUCCUCCCCCCUCUAUUAUUAUUAUUGUCUCUAUUGCUAAGAUGGCUGACUAUCGUGUAACGUGGGAUAAAAAGAAAGAAAACCAACUCAUCGACUAUUUCGAAGCUCAUCCCUGUCUUUGGGAUCAUAGUCAUGCCGAUUAUUUCCGCAGAGGUGUCAGGGAUGGACUCAUGAAGGAACUGAGCAACAAACUGGGCUGUGAUCGAUCCGGGCGUCCUUAUACAGAAAGACACAUCAAGAUGAGGUGGAAAAACAUACGUACCACUUACGCCCGGGAGUGUCGGAAAUCAGAAAGUCGUGCUGAAGAUGGUAGUGACUAUGUAUCAAAAUGGGCUUUCAUUGAUCGUCUGGGUUUUAUCAAAGACUUCAUUAAGUCACGUGCUCCUUACAACUGUUCCAAUAACUUCAGGCUGUCUACUCUUACUGCUGUGUCUUCAGACCAAACAGAUGUUUACCAGACUCUUUCAGAUGAUGACAUCGAAGAAGAGGACGACGACGAUUUGGUUGUCUGUUUAACGGAACCAUUUAAAGAUGACAACACGACUCAGAAAUCAAAUCACCAGGACAUGUGGGACUCGGAUGAUAAGAAAAGCAUCUGGAUAUCAGAAGGGGUGAGCUUGGCGAACAAUACGAGUGAUUUGAAAAAUAUGGACGGGAGCAAAAACAAUUUAACUGAGUCCUGGAUUGUUCAGGAAAGGGUCAGUCCCCAUCGAGACUGGCGGGUUGAAGAAAGAAAUAGUGGGAGUCCUUCAGAAAUGUGGAGAAAAGGCAAUCGAGAAAGUCAUCCGUCAGAUGUUGCCACUGACAACCUUCAUAAUAACAACUGUACUGAUUCCUCUGGUGACAUUCAAGUUGGAAAUAUCACUUACAUGCACAACAUUAAAAAUCCUCAAUCGGAAAAAAAUAGUCAUGGAAUUGAAGACUACCAGCAGACGGAUACCGUUUCUCUUGCAGAAACAUUGUCUUUGAACAAUAAAGUGUCUUGGAGUAAAGACAAGGAAAGUGAACUUAUUGCAUUUUUUGAAGGUCACCGGUUCCUAUGGGACCAUUCUCAUCCGGAUUAUUUCAACCGAGAUCUACGAGACUGUAUGAUACGAGAGUUAAGUUCUAAAUUGGGUCAUGAUCGAAACGGACAACCUUACACAGAUGGUUUCAUACGGCAAAGAUGGAAGAACCUACGGACAACUUUUGCUCGAGAGUUGAAGAAGAUUGAACACCACAGCAAACACAACCAGGAAACUCCUUACAUUUCGCGGUGGGCACAUACGGAACGACUGUCUUUCCUGAAAGAUUGUUUAAAAGCACGGGGUCAUUUAAAAGUAGUUUCUCGUCUACAGAAUAACAUAGAUGUGUGUCCUACUUAUUCCUUAUCUGAUGAUUCCGAUGUCGGCAACGACUCCAUAGCUUGGCCAUCAGAACAGUUUGUCGAAGAUGAAUCGCCUAAUUUUGAACAACUCUCAAGAACAAAGCGGCUGGACACCAACCUAGUGAUAAACUCCCUCGAUUUAUUGUCAGACAACAACAACAUCGGGGGUGGAGGAGGAGGUGGUGGUGGUGGCAACGGCGGCGGCAGUGGAGGUAACAUUAGUAUCAAUGGCACUGUACAGAAUUUCUCGGCAUCAACGACGCUAAAGCGAUGUCGGUCGGAUGAUAUGGACUUGAAAGACGACUUCCUCAAGGAAGCCUGGAGGAUCUUCAACCUGAAAGAACGCCAUGACCCCGAGGACUUGUUCGGUAUGCAUGUAGCAGGGACAUUACGGCGAAUGCAACCACUGCAGAGAGAGAAAGCCAAACUAGACAUUCAGGGCAUUUUGUUACAACACUGCUUCUCAAAAGCUGAUCAAUAAAUUCCACAUAUAUUUCAAUAUAA